CAGUGACUCCUCUCACUUCCUCCGUACUGUACUCGUUCAGCACGCACAAGGUUUCCCUUGUGUUCUUCAAAUCAACGGCAAGAUCAUACUCGACGUGACUCAUGGCCGUCUGCCAAUUCUUUCUUCGCGGCACGUGUAGAUUCGGCGCUGCGUGUAAAAACGAGCAUCCGCAAUCAAACAAUUUCACGCGUGACGGGCCAGCACCGAAAACCGCGCUGUUUACUUCGGAGAGCAUAGCAGCUGAUCUGACAUCGGGCAAUGACCGACCGCUGUGGCCGUUGUCGUCCUAUGGCCCAGCCAAGUUUGAGCCGGUGUUGUUGGCCGGAUUAGACGAAUCGCAGGAGGAGUUGAGAGCGAAGGCAGCGACAGCCAUGAAGGCGGGAAAUGUGAACGAAUAUAUUUCUUACGAGUCAUCAAAGUUUGCGGCGGCAGAACAAGUAUUCUCGAAUGCCGUCAACAAUAUCAGCCAGGCCUUCCAACAGGCGACGAAUAACAGCCGAGGCGCGACUUCUACCACCAACACCACCUCCGCAUUCAACACGGGAACGCCUGCGUCGUCUGCAUUUGGGUCCUCGAGCGCCCCAGUGUCGGCCUUUCCCCCGACCACGUCGAACACGACAUCGACGUUCGGGCAAUCGACUUUCGGACAACCUGCGUUUGGGCAAACGAGCAUGGGGUCGAGCGCGACCCCUGCAUUUGGCCAGGCGUCGUUGGGUACCACCUCUGCUUUCGGACAAACGUCAAAUUUCGGCCAAAGCUCCUCGGUCGUGAAACCUGCUGUUGGCUUCUCAGCGUUUGCGGGGAAUGCUGGCCCCUCUGCUUUCGGCGCCGGUGCCACUGCGUCGACCAACACCGCAGGCGGCUUUUCUGCCUUCGCUGGAAAACCUAGCGUUUUUGGACAGACCGGUUUUGGAGGCAGUUCUGGCUCAGCGUCCCCAUUCGGCGCGCCUGCUUCCACAUCUGCGUUUGGCGCACCAAUUUCUGGUUCGGCGUUUGGGGCGACGACGUCCGCCUUUCCUCCCUCCUCGACACCAUCCGCUUUUGGUGGGACAGCCAAUGCACCUGCGUCAACGUCCGCUUUCCCAGCACCCACCAGCUCGGCAUUCGGGACUACAGGGACCCAGCCGGUAUCCUCUUUUGCUUCUACCGCGCCUGCCCCCGCCAAUCCGUCACCAUUCGGGGCACCAGCCAACCCAUCGGUGUUUGGUCAGCCAUCUGCGUUUGGAGCCUCCGCGCUGAACACAAAUAACGGAUCGGCGUUUAGCCAGCCUGCGAAUAACGCGUUCGCAAACAGUGCGAGCUCUAAUGCAUUCGCGCCAAAAUCCAAUCCCUCGUCCGCCUUCCCAAGCCAAACACCCACUGCUUUCGCUCCGGCUCAACCACAGCCGGUCUCUGCAUUUGGACCACAACCGACUCAGUCGGCGUUCACGCCACAGCCGGCUCAAUCAGCUUUCCCACCACCGUCAACGCAGUCUGCGUUCCCUGCCCCGGCUCCGUCACAGCCUGUCUCAGCGUUUCCUGUCUCAGCGUUUCCAACUCAGUCGCCGUUUGGGCAGCCAGUUCAGCCAUCUUCUAGUGCUCCACCGCCUCCCGACUUCGAUAAAGUCAAGGUUACAUUCAAGCCUGGCUUCACCCCAUACGACUCGCAGCUCCCUCCAAACUACCUUUCCAUGCUCCCGGACCAUGUUUCAGCUGCGUUUAGAGCGGCCAAAUUCGAAUGGGGGAAGAUCCCUGAUUGGAUUCCGCCGCUGGAACUUAGAUGAGCGUAUCUGGUACAUGUAAUCAGAAUAGCGAAUAUUUCUCAAUGAGGAGCACUGGGAGCGCGAUCUGUGAGUCUGAAAGGUGUUGAGGACACCGCCCUGCAGCUUAUACAUGAUGCGAUCACCUGACCGCGUUUCCUUUUAGUCCAUUUAUCACUACAGUCAAGAUCCUCAUGCGCCUCGGGUCGAAAGCUAUACACCCUGAUCUGUUCCAGCUUUUUAGAGGCUACUCUUCCCUCAGAUCACCCACCCAACUCGCAUUCCCCUCGCAUCUCGGCACUGCUGCCAUCCACGAGUUUCUUCUCUCGCUGCUGACAUCUGAGCACCUGCAGACAUAUCCCCCGUCUCUUCAAUACCAGAAAACGUUUUGGAAAUGGGUGAUACCUCUGCUGGAACGAAAACUGGCCUCGGAAGACGACGACGAGGGACUGGACCUAGAGAUCGACUCGCGCAUAUACUCGCACUAUCUCGGCCUCCUGAACGCGUCCGAUCUUGUCUCAGGGCCGCCUGCUGAAUCCUACAUCACGUAUAUCUGGCAGCCACCUGGCGACGAGGACUCGUACGAAACGACGACACUGCGCGAGUCGAGGACCCUGAUCGAGAGCGGGACGACGGGGCUUCGCACGUGGCUGGCUAGCUUUGUGCUAGCGCAGUAUCUCGUUGCUCAUCCCGCUAUUGUCUGCGGCAAACGGGUGCUCGAGCUCGGAGCUGGGAUAGGCUUCCUCGGGAGUGUCGUCGGCUCGAUUCAAAUCCUGGAGGACGCACCCAAUUCGAUAUGGCUGUCGGAUGUGAACGAGUCUGUUCUCGUCCGGUGUCAAGCCAAUGUACAGCUGGAAUGCAAUCGGUCUGCGUCGCAUCCAAGCAUCCAGUGUCGCUUCCUGGACUGGUCAGUCGCUCUUGACCCUGCGGAAAUCGACACGGUCCGAUCGAUGUUAGUAAACGAGGUUGAUGCCGACAUCAUAUUGGGAGCAGACAUAGUUUUCGAUCCUACCCUGAUCCCAGCGCUCGUCGCCAUUCUCCGACUGGCGCUUUCAACUGGUCGGCCCAAGACGGCUUUGAUUGCGCUGACAGUCAGAAAUCCGGAUACGAUGGAUCUGUUUGUGCAGUCGGUCGGAGACAAUGGCCUGAAAUGGAAAGGCUCGCGGUGGACGACCCUUUGCCAGUGCUGGUGGACAGCGAGGGAAGCGAUGCAAAUAAUGGUGUAAAUCUAUUCAGAAUAUAUGAGAGUACAAGAUGA